AUGGAGGACGAAACUUUGUCAGGCGCACUGACACCAAUCAUUCGACAGACACGCCAAGAACUGCUCGAUUAUGCACAAAAGAUCAAUCGAAGAUUUAUCGAAACCGAGAAAGCCAUCUACAAUUGGGUACUUUUUGAUCUGUUUACGAAAGGGCUCGCUGGGAUCGGUGCUCGACUGGGGCGCCGCGCGCGCCGUAACAUGGCCCAUGAAACUUUGGGAUCGUUGUCGGGGGUCAUGGAAGAGAUGCGGAUGAUCCAAAGGAUGAUUCGGGGAGACCCAUCGAUGGCCAAUCGGGGGAGAUGGAAAAUACAAACAGAGCUGGAAAGGAUCGAUCAAAUCGUAGCGAAAUUUAAGUCAUCCUUCCAUCCAAUGGAUCAGUCGAUGAAGGUGACGGGAGUGCAGCUUGAAAAUUUCCGGACAGAAUUAAAUACUUGGUGGCUUGAAGCUCCAGCCAUAGAUGGACCUAGUGCUCCUACGUACACUUUCGCAGAAGAAUUUAUGCUUAAGACAAGAAGGAUUGAUCGCAGUCGAACCUAUCCUAUUCAUCACUUCAUUGAGUGUCUUCAACAUGCAUCGCAGUCAUCGUCCGUCAUAUCCAUCACAGGUCCUCUGCAAAGCGUUCAUUUAUACCGCGGACACGGCAUGCUUCAUCAUGAGUUCGCCGUUUUCUGCUUCCGCUCUGUCAUGCGUGGUGUUGAUUUCACGACCGCCGUUCGGUCCUGGAACAGCGACAUCCCUCAAAUAAAUGUUGCCAAUGUUGUGGACCGUUGUACAGAAUUUCAGAUGGCUUACAGAGUUAUAUGGUCCGGGACAGCGUCCUCGAGUCUCUUCAUGCGGAAGGCCCUACGCAAAGAUUUCUUCGGUGGGCGCCAAAUACGAAGUCGGAAGGGCAGGGAGAUCAUCAUCAGCAAUGAUCUGCGAGUUGCAGAAAGCCUCCUCCAAGCCAAUCGUACCGAACUGGCCCGUACUAGGUGCAUCGCUAGCCUUAGUCGUCUUCGUGACAUUAGGCGUGGGUCCAAGCAAGCACUCUAUCUGGAUUCGCACCUUCGACUCCUCCUGGGUCGCUCGCUGGAGGGCCUGAAUCGCUUAGAUGAGGCUCUUGAUGCCUAUCGCUACUCAGUUUGGGUGGCGCGAAAUCACAAAGUCGACACGAUUCUUCCAGUGGCGAUAGAAGCGCUAAGUGGGAUUUUGUUCAAGCUUGGUCGCCGUGACGAAGUGGAGCGUCUUGAUCGAGAGCUUCUUGCAAUCUCUGAAGCCGCUCACCGGGCGCAUGGUGACGACCAGUCGGCCGUCGGUCUGGCAUGUAGCCUUCAUUGGCGUGCCAGCCACUUGCUUGGGUUGUCUGAAUGCUUACAAGAGCGGAGAGAGUGGUUGGAAGAAAGUUCGGCCCUCUGGAGGUCUCUCAUGGAGAAACAGCGUGAUACUCAUUCUAUCAACUAUGCCAGGACACUUCGGGCACUGGCUGAUCUUCACAUUGAGCUUGGCGACUUAACUUCCGCCUUUACGUAUUCAUCUGAUGCCCUAUUUUUGACACGGGAGGCUUUCAAUUCGAACCCCACCGCUGUCCACUUGGACCUCAUCUCACAACUGCAACAACACUCUCUGCUGUGUGGCCAAUUGAUUAUGGUUGAAGAAGCCCGAGACUGCAGCCAGGAAGCCGUUGAGCAGUGUCAAAUCCUUUAUACUUUGGAUCCCCAGCUUCACCGCGUCAGAUUAGCGAAUGUCCUCGAAUCUCAAGCCCGUCACCUAGCUCUCGACGGACAUGUGAACGCAGUGGGACCCGGAUUACGUGCCUUAACGCUCUAUCGCCGCCUUUACCACAAUAAUCCAACGUCUCAUUGUGCUGCUUACAUAUCUCAUCUCCGAUGGGUCGCAUCUAUUUGCGUCGGCUCUGACACCCAUAACCAGGAUCAGCAAGACACGAAGUUCUCUGAUUCUGUUCUGGAGGAGGCAUCAAUUGUUGAAGGUGUUGAAGAAAUGCGUGGAAAAUUCGCACAGAUCCCCAAACAAUGGAGAUUCCCUUUGGCAAAUGCUUUGCGUAAUCUCGCGGUUCACUACUCCAAGCAUCGUCAACUCAAUUUCGCGUUGCAGCCAGCAACGAGGGCUCUUACGCUUUACCGACACUUGUACGAGAGUGACUGUGUUCAGUAUUCCGAAGCGCUCGAGUUGCAUCUGCGUUGGAUGAUCGAGGUUUCGGAGUCUUUACGGGGCAGACGACUUGUGGAAUCAAACCAUCAGUGGUCCGUUGAACUGCUGAAGGCGGAGAUAGACUCGAUUAUGGCUAGCCGUCACGCCGCUGAUUCAACUUGA